AUUCUUGGCCACCAAACCGGCCAGCUGUGGAACCAGCCCGUUGUCCCCGCCCGCCGAGUUUUCCCCACGGGGUUCCCCUCCCCGUGCGUCAGACCCGUUGCAGGCAGCGAUCUCCCUGUUCCACUCCUACACAAUUCGAUCGAUCCGACUUCACGGCUCAUGGCUGGCUCUACCGGGGCUAUCUCCUCGUUCUGAUUUGCGAUCCCUUUCCUUGCCGAUGACGACUGUCUACAUCCUCCGAUCUGAUGAGCGGUGUUGACCAGUGCCGGAUCUCUACGGGUCAUCUUCGGGGUGUUGGUUAAGGCUCGAGGAAUACCCAGCGCGAGGAGAAGCUGCGGGAGUAACCCGCACGGUACAUCUGCCGACUCUCCGGCAAAAUGACCUUGGCUGUUGCCGCAGUGACUCCCCUCGGCCAAGGGCCCAAACGCAUCGACGGGGACAUCAUGGCGGAAGACGAUGCCCUCCAGGCCGCUCUCAAUGGCGUCUCACGGAAGCGGAAGAGGGCUCGAAAGAUCCAGACGGACCGCAAGUAUGAUUGUGGUUUUGAGGGAUGCGGCAAGAGUUACUCGCGAGCGGAGCAUCUGUACCGCCACCAAUUGAACCACACCCCCAAGCAGAUUUACCGAUGUGACUUCCCCGAUUGCCAUCGGUCCUUUGUGCGACAGGACCUGUGUGUCCGCCAUCGCGAACGCCAUACCACCGAAGGGUCCCAGUUGCAGAAGCGGGAUCAUUUUGCUCAGACAGCAGCAAGCAACAGUAGCCCUCCAAAGCACGCGACUCAGAUCAUGCCUCAGAUGACUUCCAAUCUCUCGAGCAUUUCUUUACCAUCGCCCAAGUACCCCUCGACUCAAACAUCAAUGGAGGGGCGAAUGGAUCCUGCACCUUCGUCCAGUGGGAUAACCCCGCAUCUCCCUGUGUCCUCAUCUGCAGGAUCUGCUGGCAGUCAGUCGUUUAACUAUCAGUCGAUAGUCCAACAUGGCGUCGAGCUGUCUGAUCCCACAUUUUCCCAAUACUCGCGGUCCAACAGCCUAAGCAACCACACUCUCAGCUCCCCACCGGGACAGUCAAGUACGACAUUCAGUCCCCCAGAUCUACCAGCGGCACCCCAUAUCAUGCCCAAAGGUCCCGCCAUGCCCUCGACUAGCUCGGGCAAACUGGGCCAAAAUACGCGAUCGCGCCACUCGCUGGCCGAAUCGGUCAUGACGAACGACAUGGAUGGGCCAGCAUACGCAGGCUUACAGAUGCCCGUUGGACGGUACGCAGAUAUGUCGAUGGCACCAGCAACGUCUUCAACCUCGGCAUCUCUAGACCACGCAGCUACUAUAGGGGCAUUGGAUUCCAUCUCUGGAAUGAUGACAUCUGCGUCUACAAUGGGGGAGGCCGGCUUUGACUCGUUGGCUUCCUGUGUCUACCCGGUAUUCGGCGGCGAAGCUCACAACCGGUCGCCCUUUGCAAUGACCGAGGACUUCACCGCAUGGCUGUUCAACGACCCCGUCACAGGAGCAUCGUCAAUGGGCUACCCAGCAACCACCAACGUGGUGCCAAACUACUUGGAUGCCGUGCAACUACAGAACCAGUUCUUCCUCAACGACCCGGCGUAUGGCAGCUUCCUGAGUGGCGUCAUUCCGCAUCACCCCAUGAGCGUCACCAGUAUCCUGGAUCCGGGGUCGCCACGAGCCAUCAUGUCCGAGGAGAAGAGACAGGAACUCCUGGCACUCAUGGGCUCCCGAUUCAACGAGGCCGCCUACUCGGUGGUUGCGAAGCGCAAAGAUGCGUUGAUGGAUGGCGACAUGGAUGAUGACGAGCAUGUGCUCAGCUUACGCAUGAUGCAGACGUACAUCGGCUCGUAUUGGUUUCACUUCCACUCCCAGCUGCCUAUUCUGCACCGCCCGACCUUUGUGGCCGACAAGGCACCGAAUUUGCUUCUGCUGGCGGUCAUGGCUAUUGGCGCCUCCACGCUGGACAAGAUACACGGAGCGGAGGUGACGGAAGCGGCAGCUGAGCUGGCCAACUUCAUCGCCUGGCAUCUGCGAUGGGAGCUUUUCAUGGAUGCCGAUUUCCGGCCCCCGGCUAAGCUCUGGGUGUUCCAGGCACUCCUGCUGCUGGAGGUCUACGAAAAGAUGUAUUCGACUCGCGCACUCCACGAGCGGGCGCAUAUCCAUCACGAUACAACACUGACAUUGAUGCGGCGUGGGAGCUCGCUCAUCGGCCGCUCCGCCUUGGAUUCGCCUGCGAGCCUGCGGGACGAUCGGCAGGCCCGGUCGGCCUCUGGCUCGACAAUGGCGCCUGACUUUGUGGCUGAGGAGUCGUGGACUCACUGGAUCAAGGCGGAGGCUACGAGACGAGUGGCGUUUGCGGCAUUUGUUCUGGACUCCACCCACGCCACGAUGUUUGGACACUCGGCCAAGAUGGUCGCGCAUGAGCUUCGGCUGCCGUUGCCUUGCGAUGAGGCACUGUGGUCCGCGACCAGCGCCUCCGAGGUGGCUCGUGUGCAGUCCAGCUUGCAUGCCAAUGGGGUGAAACCCGUGAUGUGUCUGGACGGGCUCAAAAAGACACUGAAUGGCCAGCGCGUCCGGACGAAUGCCUUUGGGCGGACAAUCCUCAUGGCUGGGCUGCUGAGUGUCAGCUGGCACAUGAACCAACGCGACCUGCAGCUGAGCUCCCUAGGCGGGCCGCCGGCGCUCGGGGGCCGGGAAAAAUGGCGGGCAGCGCUCCUGCGCGCCUUUGACAAUUGGCGGCGCGACUUCGAUGAGGCGUUGGGGCAGUCGGCACCAGGCACAUUCCCCGGUGGGUACCGCCCCCGAUAUCCUCUGGACGACGACAAUGUCUUCGAGUCGCGCGACGUGCUGCAUGGCCUGGCCCACAUGGCUUCGCACGUCGAUAUCGUGGAUUGUCAGAUCUUCGCUGGUGCCGGCCGGCUGAUGGGACGGGCCAUCACGCCGCGAGACUACAAGGCUGCGCGCGAGAAGAUGGUCGAUCGAUGGGCCACCAAGGCAACGGCCCGGGACGCCACAUUUUACGCCCUGAAGUUUCUCUCCGAGUGCCUGCUGGAUGAGAGACGAGCCCUCAACGAGGACGGGGAGGUGUACUCAGGCCGCGACGACUACCUGCUCAACCGGCCGUGGGUAUUGUAUAUCGCCGCACUGGUGGUCUGGUCCUACGGGUAUGCACUGGAAGGUCCGAUCAACCCUCCCGUGAGAUUCAACACGCCUGCCGAGCAGCAGCACGAUAUGCAAGAGUUCCUGCGCCGGGUGGGCGGCGUGCGCGAGCCCAGUGAUCUGGAGGGGGUCAAGGGGCGCAACCGGUGCAUGGGGCUGCUGCUGAUCCUCCGCGACGGAUUCGCCAACACCCGCUGGGAGCUGUUGACGGAGGCCGCCGACCUGCUGAGCAGUUGUAUCAACAAGCUGAAUGGGGUAUCCAAAAGUUGAUGGGAUUGUUGUCAACCUGU